GGGGAAAGCAGUGAAAAAACACCUUGGGAUGGAGACUAACCGGCCCUUUGACCUGUGAGUCAGAGGGCUGAUAGGGCUGGCUCCCAGGAGAACCGGUCACCGCCUCCAGGAGCAGCUUCUGCGGGAGCUUGGGCUGCUGGGCAGAGAAACCAUGCCUUUUUUGGGCCAAGACUGGAGGUCCCCUGGAUGGAGAUGGGUUAAAACAGAAGAUGGAUGGAAACGAUUUGAACCCUUCAGCCCUGCACUUGAGAACAAGAACAAUCAGCUUAAUGACAUCAGUCACACUGUCAUUUUAACUGGUGAUGAAGAAAUAUACACUACAGAGGAUUGUGAAUUUGCAGCCAAGAAAAGGAAAAAAGACCACUGUAGGAAUAACACAGAUUCACAAUGUUUUUAUCGUGAAAAUUGGAUUUAUGUCCAUAAGGAAAGCACCAGAGAAAGACAUGGCUAUUGUACCCUGGGAGAAGCUUUUAAUCGCUUAGAUUUUUCAAGUGCAAUUCAGGACAUCAGAAGGUUCAAUUACGUGGUCAAACUCUUGCAGUUAAUUGCAAAGUCCCAGUUAACUUCACUGAGUGGUGCAGCACAGAAGAACUACUUUAACAUUUUGGACAAAAUUGUGCGGAAAGUCAUGGAAGACCAAUAUAAUCCACGAUUAAUCAAAGAUCUCCUACAGGAUUUGAGUUCUACUCUUUGUAUACUGAUUAGGGGAGUAGGAAAAUCUGUUCUGGUUGGAAACAUUAAUAUUUGGAUUUGCCGAUUAGAAACUAUCCUUUUGUGGCAACAACAACUAAAAAACCUUCAGAUGAACAAGCAAGUCAACAAUGGUCUUACGCUUAGUGAUCUCCCUCUGCAUAUGCUGAGUAACAUCUUGCACAGGUUCUCUGAUGGCUGGGACAUUAUUACCUUAGGGCAAGUGACCCCAACUCUGUACAUGCUCAGUGAAGACAGACAGCUGUGGAAAAAACUAUGCCAGUACCAUUUUGCAGAAAAACAGUUUUGUAGGCAUUUGAUUCUAUCAGAGAAAGGCCAUAUUGACUGGAAGCUGAUGUACUUUGCACUUCAGAAAUGCUAUCCAAUAAAGGAGCAGUACGGAGACACCUUGCAUUUCUGUCGACAUUGUAGUAUUCUCUUCUGGAAGGGCAAUGUGAGUAAAGAACUGCUAGUCCCAGUCACACUGAAUUGUAUGGGGGGAGAAUGGUUCUGCUUUUUCAGGCACGUGUACCUUUUAUGGCUCUCCUUCCUGCUUCCUUCUUCACGAUCUCAAAGGACUACCAUCUUGCUUUGUUACUCAAGGAUGGAGGACACCCCUGCACAGCCAGUGAUCCAAACACCUGUCUUAUGCCAGUAUCUCCUCAGCAUUUCAUUGACCUCUUCAAAUUUUGAGAUGUUCAGUAGCUGUUCUCCUGUGUUGUGGCCAUUUUUGUGGGGAGUCAGGCAGGAUCUGUCAUGCUUCUUGUGCAAUAUAUUUAAUUGUUAUGUUUUGUUGUCAUUUAUAAAAUGGAUAUGGGGGGACCUUAUCAGACAUUAUCAGACAGGUAUAUUUGGAGUGUUGGUUUUCAGCAGAAGAGAGCUGAGGAGGAGAAAAUACUUAAUCUGCAUUGAAUGACCAUUUUAAUUGUGAUUUUAAAUACAUUUUUGAUGCCUUAAUCAGUUAAAAUAAUCAGUUAAAACCAUGUGGAAGAGUUUUUUGAAAAUUUCUUGGAAGAGUUAAAUUAGUCUUACAGGGACCAAAGGAGUUUUUUUUUUUGCUGAUUCCUCUUUCUUUAAGCCACUGUUUUCAAAACACUUCCAUAUAACUUACACCAUUAUAAAGAACAGGCCAAUAAUUCUCUUGGACUUGUAUCAGUUACCAUCAAGGCAUUAAUUGUUGUGAGUUAGUGAAUAAAAUAGCUGUAGUUAUAUAUCUGAACCUAUAAAUAAAGGAAAUAACCAAUUUUUUGUAUGUACAUUAUGCAAAAAUUCUUAUUUUUCUUAAGAGGACUUUAUUAAAUAUAUAACCGAUCUCAGCACACUCUAACUCAGAGACAUCUGGGGCUACUGGAAAGUGACUUUUGUAGCUACAGCUUUUACUUACACUGCAAAUGCAACUGCAUUAAUUCAUCUUCUAAGAAGAAGACAUUACCAAAACUUAAUGAGAAUGGAGUUGCUUGUUUCUAGACUGUGUCAGGACAAUGCAAACUGAGGUUCCAACCUGACAAGCUAUGGAAAAUCCUGGAAGGUAGUCUGAGGUGAAGCACCUUCUGCUAGGUUAAUCAGGUAACAAAUUCUCUGGGAAGUUAUCUUACUCUAUUCUGUAAAGCAAAAGUAAUUGCUGAGCUGCAAUUUUUCCUUUACCUGUCUGAGAAGUGUUGGUAUUGUUGAUGAAAUUUAACCAAUAAUGUGUGAUGUACAGAAAAAUAAAACUUACUAUAUUCUGCGCUUGCUUAUUCUGAAUCUAGUUUUGCACAGUGUAAUAAAUCAUGGUUUUUAUUACUCCUUUAA